GCGGCCCCCACCCCGGGCGCCGCCACCAUGUCCUACUUCGCCGAGCACUUUUGGGGCGAGAAGAACCACGGCUUCGAUGUGCUCUACCACAACAUGAAGCAUGGGCAGAUCUCCACCAAGGAGCUGGCCGACUUUGUCCGCGAGAGGGCCACCGUGGAGGAGAACUACGCCAAGGCCAUGGUGAAGCUCUCCAAGAUGGCCACCAACGGCACCCAGCUGGGGACGUUCGCGCCGCUCUGGGAGGUUUUCCGCAUCUCCUCGGACAAGCUGGCCCUGUGCCACCUGGAGCUCAUGAAGAAGCUGCACGAGCUCAUCAAGGAGAUCUCGCGCUACGGCGAGGAGCAGGGCCGCGUGCACAAGAAGUCCAAGGAGGAGGUGGCCGGCACGCUGGAGGCCGUGCAGCUGCUGCACGGGGUGGCCCAGCUGCUGCCCAAGUCCAAGGAGAGCUACCACAGCAAGUGCCAGGAGUACGAGCGGCUGCGCAAGGAGGGCACCAGCCAGAAGGAGAUCGACAAGGCAGAGCUCAAGUCCAAGAAGGCGGGCGAGGCGCUGCGCCGCACCGUGGACAAGUACAACGCGGCCCGCGCUGACUUCGAGCAGCGGAUGCUGGACUCGGCCAUGCACUUCCAGGAGGUGGAGGAAGCCCAUCUGCGGCACAUGAAGGGGCUCAUCGGCUCCUACUCGCACUCGGUGGAGGACACGCACGUGCAGAUCGGGCAGGUGCAUGAGGAGUUCAAGCAGAAUGUGGAGAACAUCGGCCCCGAGCUGCUGCUGCGCCGCUUUGCCGAGAGCAAGGGCACGGGGCGCGAGCGGCCAGGCGCGCUGGACUUCGACGAGUACCGGCUGGCACCCGCGCAGGAAGGGCCCAAGCGCAGCCGCAGCAAGGCCUUCCGCAUCCCCGGGCUGAGCCGCAGGGACCGGGACCGCGACGCGGGGGAGUCCCCGGACACCGACAUGGUCUGCCCAGAGGUGGACGAGGACGGCUUCACCGUGCGCCCCGACGUCACCCACAGCGAGGCGGGUCCCCGCGCCUGCUCCUCCAGCGACUCGGACUACGACGAGGACGAGCCGCGGCGCUUCCGCGUGCACAUCAAGCCCGUGGCCGCGCGGGACGCGGGUGGCAGCGCCGAGGCCACCGUGGAGCAGCUCAAGGCCACCGUGGGCAACCUCAUCCUGCCGCCCGGGCUGGGGGGCACCGUGAAGCGCCAGUCGUCCCGCCACGCAGCCGCCCUGGCACCUGCCCUGCCCGAGACGGACCCCCAGGAGACCCCCAUAGCAGGUGACAGCGCUGGGAAGGAGUGUCCGGAGGCGCCGGGGAAGAGCACCGGGCACGUGCCUCCAGCCGCGGCGCCCGACACGGUGCCCGCGGCGCUGCCCAUGGCAGCUCUCUUCGGGCCCCCGCUGGAGUCCUUCGAAGCGGAGGAUUUCUCGGCCUCCCGCGCCUACGUGCUCACGUCAUCCUCGUCGCCCUUCUCCUCCUCGUCGCCGGAGAACGUGGAGGACUCGGGCCUGGACUCUCCGUCGCACCCGGCGCCCGGCCCGUCGCCGGACUCGCGCCCGUGGUCGCCGCACCCUGCCGCGGAGCGGCCCCCGCAGCCCCGGCCCUCCUCCAACUCGGCCUCCUCGUCCUCAUCCUCGCCCGCGCCCGCCAGCGGCGGCGAGUGCUGCAGCCCCUCGCCGUGGGCGGGCGCCGGCGCUGGGACGCAGCCGGGCGAGGGCGGCUCGAUGGCGGUGCCCGCUGAGCACGAUGCGCCCCCCGCGCGGGCCAGCGCAGCCCCCCGCGAGGUGCCGCUCGUGGCCCCCCCGCGCCGCUCCCGCACGAAGAGACCCGCGGCCGGGGCAGCCGUGGGCAGCAACACCGACCUGUCGCGCUCGCUGAGCCCCUCGCCCUCGUGGAGCUGCGGCCCGUCGCACUCGGCGCCCGCCAGCCUGGGCGAGCGCAGCUUCUUCGGCGUCUCCCAGCCGCCGCUCGGGCUGUCGCGGGGCCCCAGCCCGGUGGUGCUGGGCUCGCAGGACGCGCUGCCCGUGGCCGCGGCGUUCACCGAGUACGUCCACGCCUACUUCAAGGGCCGCGACGCCGACAGCUGCCUGGUGAAGGUCACGGGCGAGCUCACCAUGUCCUUCCCCGCCGGCAUCGUGCGCGUGUUCGGCGCCAGCGCGGCCCCGCCGGUGCUCAGCUUCCGCCUGCUCAACGCGGGCGCCAUCGAGCAGUUCGUGCCCAACGCCGAGCUGCUCUACAGCGACCCGUCGCAGAGCGACCCCAGCACCAAGGACUUCUGGCUGAACAUGGCAGCGCUCACGGGGCACCUGCAGAGGCAGGCGGAGCAGAGCCCGGCAGCCUCCUACUACAACGUGGCGCUGCUCAAGUACCAGUUCUCCAAGCCGGGCGCGCGCUCGGCGCCGCUGCAGCUCUGCGCGCGCUGGGACUGCGCGCCGGGCGCCACGCGCGUCACCGUGGAGUACGGCUACAACGCGGGCGCCCUGGCCGUGCCCGUGCCCCUGGCCAACGUGCAGGUGCUGCUGCCCGUGGAGGAGCCCGUCACCAACGUGCGGCUGCAGCCUGCGGCCAGCUGGAACCUGGAGGAGAAGCGGCUGCUCUGGCGGCUGCUGGACAUCCCUGGGGCACCGGGCCAGGGAGGCUGCGGCCGCCUCUCGGCCAGCUGGGAGCCCCUGUGCGGGCCCAGCAAGCCCAGCCCGGUGGCGGCCCAGUUCAGCAGCGAGGGCAGCACCGUGUCGGGCGUCGAGGUGGAGCUCGCGGGCGCCGGCUACCGCAUGUCGCUGGUCAAGAAGAGGUUUGCGACAGGGAUUUACCUGGCCGGCUCCUGAGCGCCGCCUGCCCCGGCAUGUGCGGGGCGGCCCCGUGGCUCUUGCAACGCGACACGCGGGCCGGAGGCUGCUCGGGGAGC